AUGUCUAGCUCUACGACUCCUGAUUUAUUAUCUCCUUCUGUGGGCAAAGCUGCUGAGCCUGGUGACAAUAUACAAGGAGAUGAGUUACGACUUAGAGAAAGGAUUAAAGAAAAUCCUACUGAUAUUCUAUCAUACUUCCAACUCAUCCAGUACUUGGAAACCCAAGAGUCAUACGCUCAAGUGAGGGAAGUAUAUGAGGAAAUUCAUAGCAUAUUCCCGUUCUAUUCUCCUGCGUGGACCUUACAAUUGAAGGGUGAGUUAGCAAGAGAUGAAUUUGAAACAGUUGAAAAGAUUCUGGCGCAAUGUCUUUCUGGUAAGUUAGAAAACAAUGAUCUGUGUCUUUGGUCAACGUAUUUGGACUACAUACGCAGAAAAAAUAACUUAAUCACUGGUGGGCAAGAAGCAAGAGCCAUUAUUGUCAAGGCAUUUCAAUUAGUUAUGCAGAAGUGUGCAAUUUUUGAGCCCAAGUCAUCUUCAUUCUGGAACGAGUAUCUCAAUUUUUUAGAACAGUGGAAGCCAUUCAACAAAUGGGAGGAACAACAACGUAUAGACAUGCUUAGAGAAUUCUACAAGAAAAUGCUAUGUGUUCCAUUUGAUAAUCUAGAGAAAAUGUGGAACAGGUACACACAAUGGGAACAAGAAAUAAAUUCCUUAACGGCAAGAAAAUUCAUUGGUGAGUUAUCAGCCGAAUAUAUGAAAGCUCGUUCCUUGUAUCAAGAAUGGGUGAAUAUCACAAAUGGAUUGAAAAGAGCAUCCCCAAUUAAUCUACGCACAGCAAACAAGAAAAACAUACCACAAACAGGUACAUUAGACUCAAACAUUCAGCAAUUACAGACCUGGUUGAAUUGGAUAAAGUGGGAAAAGGAGAAUAAGUUGAUGCUAAGUAAAGAUAUGCUAUCACAGAGGAUCAGUUAUGUUUAUAAACAAGGUAUUCAAUACAUGAUAUUUUCUGCUGAAAUGUGGUACGAUUAUUCAAUGUAUAUAUCUGAAAAUUCGGAUCGUCAAAAUAUCUUAUAUACUGCGUUAUUAGCUAAUCCCGACUCACCUUCUCUUACGUUCAAGUUAUCCGAAUGCUAUGAAUUAGAUAACGAUUCUGAAAGUGUUUCAAACUGUUUUGAUAGAUGUACUCAAACUUUGCUAUCGCAAUAUAAAAAGAUCGCUUCCAGUGCAAAUACAAGUGAAGGCGAUAACGCGGAGAACGAACAAGAACUGGUAUACAAACAAAGGGAGAAACUAACGUUCGUAUUCUGUGUGUAUAUGAACACGAUGAAAAGAAUUUCAGGAUUAUCCGCAGCACGUUCCGUAUUUGGUAAAUGUCGUAAACUAAAGCGUAUAUUAACACAUGACGUCUACGUGGAAAAUGCAUAUUUAGAGUUUCAAAAUCAAAAUGAUUAUAAGACAGCUUUUAAAGUUUUGGAACUGGGUUUGAAAUACUUCCAAAAUGAUGGAGUUUAUAUCAACAAAUACUUAGAUUUUUUAAUAUUUUUAAAUAAGGAUUCACAAAUUAAAACCUUAUUUGAAACAUCAGUGGAAAAAGUUGAAGAUUUGAUCCAGUUAAAGGCAAUAUACAAGAAAAUGAUAAGUUACGAAUCUAAGUUUGGCAAUUUAAACAAUGUCUAUUCUUUAGAAAAAAGAUUUUUCGAAAGGUUCCCUCAAGAGAAUUUAAUUGAAGUUUUCACCAACCGUUAUCAAAUUCAAAACUCAAAUCUAAUCAAGAAAUUAGAGUUAACUUAUAUGUAUAAUGAGAGAGAAGAUAGCUACCUUUUUUCUGGAAACAAGGAUGGUGGUCAUGGCUCUUCUAGCAUGAGUUCAUCAGAUAGAAAAAGAUUGAUGGAAGAGACUGGAAACAAUGGAAAUUUUUCAAAUAAGAAAUUCAAAAGAGAUCCAGAACUUCCAAUCGAAGUACUUGACUUAUUAAGUGUCAUUCCAAAACGUCAAUAUUUCAACACCAAUUUACUUGAUGCGCAAAAACUAGUCAACUUCUUAAAUGAUCAAGUAGAAAUUCCAACAACUGAGAGUACUAAAUCAGGUUAG